UAGAAACACAAUUCGAACUGAAGGCAAACGUUGAAGACGAAAUGAAGUUGCUAUUAGUAGUUGUAGGGUUUUUGGGCCUUUUGGCGGUAAAUGAAGCAAAUCAAUUCGCAGCACGCUAUGAUGACUUUAAGGUCUAUCGGGUCAAUGUUAAGGAUGUACAACAAUUUGCAGAAUUUAGGAAAUUGGGCAAUCAUUUACCGUUGCGCUAUUUAAAUGAACUUAAGGGUCCGGGACACACUUAUGAUGUUGUCAUUGAUCCCGCCAACCAACAUAAUUUGGAAUCCCAAUUACGUUUUCUGGAAUUGGAUUACUCUUGUGUUAUAGAAGAUUUACAAAGUGUCAUAGAAGAAGAGUCCCAGGCCCUAACUCGCUCUAUGCAACGCACCAAUGUCGAAAUGGAUUGGACACAAUAUCACGAUUUGCCUGUUAUUUAUAAUUGGUUACAAAAAUUAAAUGCCAAAAAUCCCAAAUUAGUUAAAUCCUAUGUUAUAGGUCGUUCUUAUGAACAGCGACCCAUUAGAGCUGUGAAAAUUUCCUCAAAACCUGGUAAUAAAGCCAUAUUCGUAGAGUCCAAUAUACACGCUAUCGAGUGGAUUUCAUCGGCCACCACUACCUGUUUCUUUGAGAAUUUACUCAAUUCUGAAGAUCCCAAUAUGAAGAACUUAUUAGAAAACUAUGAUUGGAUAUUUGUACCCGUUUUGAAUCCCGAUGGUUUUGAGUACUCACACAAUGUGGAGAGAUUAUGGCGUAAGAAUCGUAGACCCACUGGUUUCUAUAAUGCCUCGGGAGCCUGUUAUGGUAUAGAUAUGAAUCGUAAUUUUGAUUUCGAAUGGGGAGUUAAUGGUUAUAAUUUUGAUGUUCCUUGUGAUCAUUGGUAUGGUGGUGCUAAACCCGAUUCUGAGCCUGAAAUUAUUGCCUUGCAAAGUUUUGUUAAUAGUUUUGAAGAUGAUUAUAUACGCAUGUAUUUAGCUAUUCAUUCCUUUGGCAAUUAUGUGCUUUUACCUUAUGGUCAUACCAGCAUAGAAUUCCCUCCUAAUUAUGAUCAAAUGAUGCGUAUAGCUAGCGCCUUUGCUGAUGGUGCUCGUGUUAAAUAUGGCACCGAUUUCUUAAGUGGUGCCAGUGGUUUAUUAAACUAUCCAGUUUCGGGUUCUGCUAAGGAUUGGGCUUAUGGCGUUAAGAAAAUACCCUUUACUGCCACCAUUGAACUACGUGAUCGCGGUCAAUAUGGUUUCUUUCUGCCUCCAUCUCAAAUUGUAGAGGUCUGUGAGGAAGUUACUGACGGUCUGGUAGCCAUGAUGGAAAAAGCCAAAGAAGAGGGUCUAUUUGAUUAGGUGCCGAAAUACAAUAACGACGACGAACUGUUUUAGAAGAUAUUAACUACAUGUUUAAAUAAAUAAAAAAAUUAAAACACACGA